AUGAAUUAAACUAAUUCUAAUAAUGAUUCAUAAAUAGUAUAGAAUGAAGAUGAUUAGAAUACAUUAUUGGAGUAAAAUAAGUAUGAAUCAAGUAUAUUCAAUUAGAUUUCCUUAAAUUGAAAAAUCCUUUUUUAUUAAUCAGAUUGAAUAUAAAUAUUAAGGACCUGAUCAUCCAUAAAUUGCAGAAUUAUUAGAAUUGUUGGAUGAGAAGCAAAGAAAACCUUUAUCUAAUUAGACUUUGGAAAGUAUUAGAUAAAAAAUACUCUAUUAUGAAUAAAAAUUCAAUCAGAAUUGCACAUUUAUGGAUAAUAUGUUUUAGAUAUCAUUUUACUAUAUUUUGACAAUUAUUGUUUAUAUGAGCAUAUAUUUUACAUAUUUAACUAGUGUGAUUGUAUAACUUAGUUUAAUUAUGAUUAGUCUUUGAAAUCAGAUGAUAUAAUCGUUAAGAAUUCAACAAAAUUAAAUAUAGUAUAAUAAUUACCUGAAUUUGGAUUUAUGAUUACAAGUUUUACAUUAUUGUAAUAUAUUUUUAUAUAUAUAAAUAGGAUAAUAAUAAUAAAGAAUUAAAUACUCUUACUAUUAUUAUUUUUUUUUGGAUGCAUAAUACCAGGAUUUUAUUUAUUUUAUGUAUUUCUUGAUGUAUUUAAUAUAAAUAAAAGUGCAAUUGAUUAUGAUAUGGUUUUAUUAUUAAGUGCAUUAAUAGUUUCUAAUUUGAAUGGUAUUAUUGUUUCUGUACUUCAAUAAAUAGUAGAAAGCAUGUAUAAUUAAUUAGCAGGUGCUUUAUUUUCAAGUGGAUGGUGUUUAUUUAUUAUCUAUUUAUUGGGAUUUUUAAUAUUUACAUAUGUGAUUGGUUUAGAAAUAAUUACUGCUGAGAAAGUAAUCAAUUAUAUUAUUAAUUCAUUAUACAUUCCAAUAUUUGUGUCAAUAAUAUUUUCAUAUUUUAUGAUCAAUACAAGAUUGUUUGAUUGGCCAGCAGGAAUUAUUAAAACAGCUUUAGACAGAAUUAAAAUUAAAAUAUUAAAAUAAUAAAUUUAAAAAGAGGAAUAAAAAUCAUAAUUAUUAGUUUAAAUUACUACAUUUAUGUCUAAAUUUGUAAUUUAUUCUAUUGGAGCAGCAUAUAUAACAAUGGAAAUUAUAUUUUAUAUAUUAUUAGCUUCAGAAUUAAAAUAAACAAAAGUUAAUUAUACAGCAAUAAUUACUUUAUCAUUAGAAUUAAUUAUAAUACCAUUAUAUUUAUUUUUGGGAGUCUUCAUAUCUGUAAGUGAUAGGAAACCAUAAUAUACAUAUUUAGCUGUACCUUUAGUUAUAGGAGCACCAAUCAUUUUUGGAUUCUUAAAAUUGGGUGAUUAUUUGUAAUAUGAAAAAGAUAUAACUAAUUUCACAGAAAUUCUAUAUUAUUGUCCAUUAUUUGUUAAUAUUCUUUGGUUAUCAUUAACAUUGAUGGGAUUGGAUAAAAGAAGAUUAUUUAUUAAUUCAUUAGGAUUUGUAUGUUUUUUUAUUGCAAUACCUAUUGGAGUAUUUAUACCACUUUAUAAUUUAUAUCAAUACUCAUCAUUAUAGAUAAUAGCAUAUAUUUUUAUAGUUAUAGGAAUGAUUGUUUUGUUAAUGGUAUUAUGUUAUUUUUUCUUUUAAUCACUUAAAACUAUUAAAAGAGCCAAAGAAUUAGCAGAUCAAAUCAUUCCAACAUUUGAUGAAUUUAAAUAUUAUAAUUUAACAGAUUUAGCUUUUUGUAUAAAUUCAGUUUGUUUUUUAAUAUCCUACUUUAUAAUAAGUUAUUUCUUUUGGUAUAUAUUUGAUCAAAAUAAUACAGCAACAGUUACAGAAGGUGCAACUAUGUUUGCUAUUAUGGCUAUUACACCUACAAUAUUUGUACUUAUCAACAUAGCAUUAGGACAUCGUUCAUUAGAAAUUACUUAUGAAUUUGCAUAAGAUAUAAAAGAAUUAUAAAAAUUAGAAGAAUUAAAAAAUAGAAAGAGAAUAUAGAAGAGAUUUUAUUAAAAUACUGCAGUUUGUUGUGGUAUAUUGGUACCAUUAGGUUUAUUUAUUCCUAUUUCAUUGAUAACUUCAAAUGAGAGAGCUUCUAUAUUUUUUGAAGCUUUAGCUAUUGGUGUUCCAGUUUGUUUUCUAAUUUAUAAAUUUCUAGUGACAAUUAAAAAUCAUUCAAUUACAUUUGAAGAUUUCUUUUAACCUUUUGUUAGCUCUUUAUUGUGGUGUUGUGUUAUAUUUCCAUUUGGUGUGAUAGUUCCAACAAUGGCAGUUUAUUUUAAUAAUGCUGAUUCAACAUUCUAAUAUUUUGCAUAAGGAGCAGUUGGAUUAGGAUUAUUUGUAUGUAUGAUUGGAGUUACAGGAACAUCAUUAUUUUUAUCAUUAUUAUUAAAUAGAGAAGAAUUUGAAAGGAAGAAAAGAGAAAUCUUGAAAAGAGUAAUGGAAAUGUUGAAAGAGAAUCAUGUUCUUAGUGAUAUAAGUGUUGUUGGAAUUUUAUAUAUGAAAUAUUUGAAUAAGUUAUAGAUCAUCUAUACUAAAUUAAAUACUAUUAAGAAUUAGACAUAAAAAAAGAAAUAAAAAUAAGAAGAUUUUAAAUAAUUAAAAAAAAUAUUAAUAGAAAAUUUAAUAUAAGGAGAACCUAUUAAUGUAAUAAAAUAUGAUGGACCAGAAUUAGAAUAUGAUCAUAAAUUAGUAAGCAAAAAUGUAUAUUAAGAAUAUCUUACAUUAUUAGAAUAAGAAUUAUUAGAUAAAUAGAAGAAUAUAAUAUAAGAAUAAGAAUUAACUGGAUUUAAAAAGUAUUUAAUGGAUUGUUUGUGUUGUAGAUGUGGUCUAGAAGAAAUGAAUUAAUUAGAAAACUAAAAAAAUGUUGAAAUCAUAAAACUGAGAGAUCUUUAUAGUAUAGAUGAAGAUACUGGAUAAAAAAUGAAUGAUUUAAUACCAUAAUUCACUUCUAUUUAUAAAAUUGCAGAAGAAACUGAUACUCUUAUUAAAAAGAUAGAAUUUCAACCUGAAGAUAAAUAAAUUAUAUAUAGAUAAAAAUAUAAGCCAAUUUAAGAAAUUAAAAGUGAAAAAACUGACAGUCUAAGUUAAAUUCAAAUAAAAAAAUUAAAUGAUAAAGCAUUAGGAAAUAUUAAAUCAUCAGAUCAAUACUAUUCAUUAUAAUCAUCAGAUUAAAUGAUUUCAGAAUUUAUGCAUGAAGUAUUUAUGGAAUUUGCUAAUAAUGAUUAAGGUUUAGAACCUUCAAUUUGUUUUGCUGAUUUAUAAUAAUUUUGUAGAAUGACUGAAUUGCAUUUUGAUUUGAUUGAUUAUGAAAAAUAUGCUAAAACUAUAUGGAUUAAUUAAACUUAUAGUUUAAAUGAAGUUUAAUUUGCUGGUUUGAUUAAGGGAAUGAUCAAAGAUUAUAAUGGUGAUCUAUUUGAUAAUUUAAAAUAAUUGGUACUUGAUCAUAUAUAUCCUUAAUUAAUCACUUCAAUGAAAACUUUAAUGAUUAAUUUCAAAUAUUCAAAUAAAAAAGUAUUAUAAAAUAAUAAAAAUUAAGAUAAUCCAUUCUUAAGAUAAAAUUUUAUAUCAAAUGUUGUUUAAACAGAGUUCUCAAAAUUUGAUGCAAUAAAAGUUAAAUAAAUAUAUUAAGAAGAGAUUAAUAAUUAAUCUAGAAUCAAUUAAAAUAAUACAGAUAAUAAAGUUGCUAAAUUAUCUAAAAAAUAAAAAGAAUAAUAAUAUCAAUAAGGUAAAUAAGAAAUAGAAACUGCAUAUGCCUAAAAAUUACCAUGUCAUAAAAGAUGUUGUUAUUCAUGUAAUGACUGGUUUAGAGUGAAUAUCAUAGAAAAAUACUUUCCUAAUUUGGCUGCUGCUUAACCAAAACCAAAAAUUGAAAAAAAACCUAUUCUUGAUCAAAAAAGAUAAAAAAUGCCUGAUUGGAAAAUUGUAUCCAAACUCACCAUUGAUAUAUUAUUUGAAGCAACAGAAGAAUAUGAAAAAAAUCUUGCUAAUUUAUAAUAAAAAUCUAUUGAAUUCAAACCAACAUCUAGUAAUAUCCUUGCUUUAAUAUUUAAAAUAUAUGAUAUGUAUAGUUUAGCAAGUGUAGCAUAUAAUCCUUAAGUAGGUUGGUUUGGUAGUACAUCAGUAUCUGGAUCAGAUACAAUUAGUGGAUCUGCAUUCUAUGAUAGCUAUGCCUUCUUUUUCUAUUUCUCUUUAGGAGUAUCUAUACUCUAUGGACUUUUAGGAUCUUUGAGUUUAGAUGCUGUUUAAAAGAAUACUUUUGGAUAAGAUGAAAAUGGCAAUGUGGCAAGAUUUCCUCAUAUUUAAUUUAUACUUCCAAGAGUUAUAUCCAUUUUGAGUGGUUUCUUUAUGACAGUAAUGAGAACAUUUAUGGAUGCUUACAUUUGUGAUUAUAGUAAUUUACCUUACAAAUUUGCUAGAGAAACAUCUACUGAAUGUUUAACAACUUAUCAUUACAUUUAUAUGGGUUUAGGAUUAAUUGGAGUAGGUAUUUAUUAUCCAUUAUCUACCUAUUUAUAACCUACUUUUUAAUUUAGUGAUCAUUCAUUAGAUUUAAAAUUUAAAUCCACCUAUAUCAUUAUAUAUGUAUAAGCCAAAUUAUUGAUUAUGGGUUUGAGUUCAUUUUUCAAUACAUUAGAUAGUUCAUUUGAAUAUUAAAUGCUAUUUUCAAUUGGAAUCUUAAUUAUUGUUUUAGGCUUUCAUAUUAAAAUGGAACCUUGUUUUGUUAAAUGGUUUAAUAUAAUAGAACAAAUGCUAAUUUUAAUAAUUAUAUUUAUUUAUACUGGUGCAGUCAUUAUCAUGAUGACUGGUAAUAAUGUUAUUGGUAUAAUAUUCACUGCUGUUGCAAUUACUAUAGGAUUUCUAGCAAUUGCAAUAUAUCUUAAAAGAUCAGUAAUUCGAAGUGUUACAAUCUAAAAAGUUACACCCUAAGAUAAUUUACCAAGUAUAAAUAUUAGAUUUAACUUUAGUUAUUGAAUUAAAACCAAUCCCUGAAGAAGAUAGACUUAAUAUUUAUGAUUUGAUUGCAGAAUCAUAAUUUGCUUAAUAACAAUAAAAGAAAACAAAAAAGAAAACUAAUGAAAAUCCUGAUUACAAAGACUAAUACCCUAAUCUUGAUAUGACAGUUGGAGAUAAUAUUAAUAGAAGUAGCAAUUUAGAUGAAUUAGUGAAGGUUAAAGAUGAAAUAAAUAUGGAACCAAUUUUAGUUAAUAAAUCAAAUUUAUCAAAAUUGAGAUUAUGA